AUGUUCCUUUGCUUAAUAGCAUUAAAUUAUAUUUCACCUCUCAAGAUCACAACAUUCGUUUCAUUUACCAAGAAAAGAUUUUUGAAUGAUACAGUCGACGCCACUGAUAAAGCCGUUUUUAUUACUGGAUGCGACACCGGAUUCGGCCAUCUGUUAGCUAAGCGACUGGAUUCGAAAGGCUAUCAGGUGCUGGCAGGGUGUCUUUCUCCGGAUUCAGAAGGAGCUGCAGAACUUCGAAAAUGGUGCUCCCAGCGUCUGAGGAUAAUACCCUUGGAUGUGACGCAGGAAGAGAGCGUAAAUAAUGCAGCAAAACUAGCGGAAGAUUAUCUGCGAAAGGAUGGGAGAACUCUUUGGUGUCUCGUCAACAACGCUGGGAUAUUCAGAGGAAUUUCAGCAGAGUUAUCAUCGAUGGAAGAUUUUAAAGGUUGCAUGGAAGUCAAUGUCUUCGGCAUGAUUCGAGUGACCAAAGCAUUGCUGCCUCUUCUGAAGAAAACAAAAGGAAGGGUCGUGAACAUGACAAGUAUCUGCGGUAGAAUUGCUUUGCGAGAUUUAACUCCGUAUUCUAUGAGCAAACAUGCAGCUGUGGCCUUUAACGAUUGCCUGCGUCAGGAAAUGAAAGUUUGGGACAUUUCUGUCGUUUCGUUGGAGCCGGAAAUGUUUAAAACUCGAUUGACAAAUGAUGAAGUCGCCGAUGAAUACAUAACAGCGACGUUAUCUGAAUUACCCGCUUCCGUAGAAGAAACUUAUGGCAAAUCGUACUUCGAGGCCUUCCGAAAGAGCAAGGCCACGUUCCUCAGCACUGCCUCCCCAAAUCUUAGAGUGGUGGUGAAGGACCUCGAGUCAGCAGUGACCUUGAAGUAUCCCAAUUACCACUACAGACCUCGAAGGAGUUUCUUCUUUCGUUUCAUUUUGUUUUGGUUUGAAGUGAUGCCGAGCUACUUUCGAGAUUUUUUUGUAAGAAUAGUGGCAAUCUUGUGCCGUGGCCCAAAACCCAUCGCAGCGUGAAAAUGGUUAUUGAACAUCAGUCUUUACAACUCGAAGCAUUUUCAGCUAUUUACACGAGUCGGACUUUAGAAGAAUAUUCAGAUUCUAGAAGAAAAUAUUGACAGAAUCGCAAUUUAUAAAAAUAUAUUGUUUACUUUAAAAAUAUUCAGACUGUAAUAAUAUGCUCUUUUAUAGAUUUUCAUUAGU